CCGAGCGGCGAGACUCCGGGAGGUGAGAGGUGAAGCGCUCGGAACUCCGCUCUGAGAAGGGCAGUGGAUUUCAGUUAAGUUCCUAUGUCUUCUCCUGAAAUUGCUUCCCUUUCAUGGGGGCAAAUGAAAGUACAAGGUUCUACUACAACCUAUAAGGACUGCAAAGUAUGGCCAGGGGGCAGUCGGGCUUGGGAUUGGAGAGAAACAGGAACUGAGCAUUCUCCUGGUGUGCAGCCUGCAGACGUGAAGGAAAUUGUUGAGAAGGGUGUACAGAGUCUUGUGAUUGGCCGAGGGAUGAGUGAGGCCUUGAAGGUACCUCCUUCAACUGUGGAGUACCUCAAGAAACAAGGCAUUGAUGUGCGCGUCCUCCAGACAGAGCAGGCAGUGAAGGAGUAUAAUGCCUUGGUUGCCCAGGGAGUCAGGGUGGGAGGUGUCUUCCACUCUACCUGCUGAUGGAGCCUUAGAAGGAGAAUAAAUCACUGAGCAACUA